AUGAAAAGACAGCAGCGGGCUUAUAAAGCAGGCCACACCGAAGAGAAUGCCGAACAUCACCACCUGGGCCAACCAACGACUGUAGAUGAAUGGGGAGACAACAGCACAGUGGUCAGCCUCAUUAGAGACAACAACAACCAGGACUACAGAGAGGAGGUGGUGCAGCAGGUGGACUGGACAGAAAAUGAAAGUCCAUUGGGUGACAGACUGCUGUCCACAGAUGAGCAGGUCACUCUGAUCACAGAGAGUUUCACAGUCACCUCCACUGACCAGGAGAAACUGUUGCUGCUUAACAAGAACACCGAGCUCCGCAGAGUGAACAAAGAGCUGAUGAAGCUUAACGAGGACUGGGACCAGGUAUACCGGAGCGCCACACUGGGUCUGCAGAGCAGACUAGAGGCUCUGGAGCUGGAAAACAACGCUAUUAAACAGCUUAAUAGCCAACUGCUUCUCAAAGUUGAACAACAACAGAGUGCGAAGGAGUAUUAUGAACAGGCUCUGAUGACAGAGCUGAAGAAAAACCAGGAGUUGCAAGAGUAUGUCAGGUUGCUGGAGAACAGGAUUCACCACCCAGAAAAAGAUAUCUCCUCAGUUAACCAGGCAACAUUUAGCGCUGGAUCAUUUCCCACCAGCGGUCAUAUUUCCAGAUACAGCCCCUCGUCCUCCUCUUUCCUAGCGUCUCCCAUUUCAGAGGCAGUAUACAAGGAUAAAAAUCCUGCCAGUGCCACACUGGGAACACGGGGAAGCUCAAAGCAGGAGGUUAAAGAUUUGAAGGAGCAACUGGAAGCUCUAAGAUGUCAGACUGAAAUUUACGAGGCAGAUUAUCAGACAGAGCACAAUGACCACAAGCACACUCUGCAGGAAAACCGGAGGUUAAGGAAGAAGAGGGAGGAGAUGCGCCAACAGGUGGCACUUCUGCAGGAACAGCUCAAGAUUUACGAGGAUGACUUCAGGAGGGAGCGGUCUGACAAACAGAUGCUGCAGCGACUGUUGUCACAGAAAACGUCACAAAACAAGGACGCUGUACUUGUCCACCGCUGCAAUAAUGGGCAGCAGCUGCUGGGGGGAGAACAGAGGGCACAAAGUGAGGAGAAAAGAAAGCAGCACCACCCACUCUGCCCCAAGCACUCCAGCAGAGACAAUGAAUCAAGCUGAAAGACCAACAUAUGAUAUAACUAGCGGCUUGUCAAUGAAGACUGACUGAUUGGUGUCCUAACCCAUGGUUAUUUUAAGCUAAAUAGACAAGAAACCUUACUUGUAUAAAAACAUAAAUCUGAGUUUGUACUGACAUUCUUAGAGAAACAUCACUUUUUUAAAUUAAUUUAACACAUUUAUCUAUUUUCUUAAAUAUAUAUUUGUCAUUUAAACAUGCCUAUUAACUCCCUCUAACUUUCUGAUUAAGUCAUCAGAAUAAUUCUACAAGAGAAUAUUCAAACAAAGGCUAAGUUUAUUUGAUUUUUUUUUACAGACUUUAUGAGUAAAGAUUUCUUUUUACCUUAAUGGUGCAAUGGGAAAUCACUAUACGUUGUAAUGGCAUUAUAGACUAAAUUCAGUCGUCAUUCUGAAUUAAAUCUGUUUAUUGUUGACUGUUUCUGAGAGAUUUAAUGCAGUUUUUUCCUGAUUUCUAACAGAAGUCAAUCUAUUGUCCUAAACAAGGACUGCUUCCAAAUUGUGCAAAUCAGCUGAGAAACUUAGGCAACAUCAACAUGUGCCAUGAUGACUGCUGCCUGAAACGUGCCGGAAAUAAGAAAUGGGGUAGGAAAAAGAUGCAGGAGACCUGCUAUAGAUGGUUUAUUUACAUGUACUAUGUGUAACACAUGCAAAUAUAUGCAUGUUGAUAUGUUUCAGAUUUUAUAAAGGGGAGCUUCAGCCGUUCUUUAUAUUUUUGUACAUUUUGUUUUUUGUAAGCUUUUCUCUAGAAGGUUGUAG